AUGUCUAAGGCCACCUCCCUUCAAAUAACUGAAUUUUCUGACAUUUUUCUUCUUUUUGGAUCACAGGUCCACACAUUCCGAGGCCCGCACUGGUGUGAAUACUGUGCCAACUUUAUGUGGGGGCUCAUCGCCCAAGGGGUUCGGUGCUCAGACUGUGGAUUGAACGUACACAAACAGUGUUCCAAGCACGUUCCCAAUGAUUGUCAACCUGAUCUCAAGAGGAUCAAGAAGGUGUACUGUUGUGACCUCACAACACUUGUAAAGGCUCACAACACUCAGAGACCCAUGGUGGUAGACAUAUGCAUACGGGAAAUUGAAGCAAGAGGAUUGAAGUCGGAAGGCCUUUACAGAGUCUCUGGGUUCACCGAACACAUCGAAGAUGUCAAAAUGGCAUUUGACAGAGGUGGGAUUAUGUUCUUUUGAAGGCCAGAUGACCUAUCCUUAGCAUGCUUUCUCUUGGAACCAGAUUUUAUUCAUAGUGGGGAUGGGUUUCAGAGCUACUGAGAGCUGUUCCUCAGGAAGCCAAGGAAUAAUGGUU